ACAGAGGAAGUGACGUUACUCAUUUUCAAGAUGGCAGACUUUGACGCCUUCGAUAGCACUCCCCAACAAAAUACCGAAGAAGAUCCUGCUGCCGACUUUUUGGCGAGAGAACAAGAUGAACUGAAAGGUCUUGAAGACGACAACUUUGGCACAGAACAAACAGAUACUGGUGCUGACUUUUUUGGUGAUGAGCAACAGGGAGGAGACCCAUUUGGUCAACAGCAGACAGACUUUGCCCCCUCCCCUACCCCAGGGGAUGUCUCUCAGCCAGCUCAGUUUGAUAGUUUUGACGAAAAUGUGCCAUCAGGGGAAGCAGAAACGGAGACAGGAGGAUAUAGCGCUAUCACCCAGGUAGACAAGCAGCGUGCUGAGCCUGAGAAGAUAAAAAUCUGGCGGGAAGAGAACACACGCAGGAUUGAGAAGAAAGAUUCUGAAGAAAAAAAACGUAUAGAGGAAUGGCGCGAUAUUGCCAAGAAAGAGCUUGAUGAUUGGUAUAAACACCAUGACGAACAGCUGAACAAGACUAAGGAAAACAACCGAAUUCAAUUGAAGCUCUUAGAAUCAGAAGCCGCUUUCGUCGCAGAUCGGGACCAGACUCAACCAGGAGAAGAAUGGGAGAAAAUCUGCCGAUUGUGCGAGUUUAACCCGAAAAACUCCAAAAAUACAAAGGAUAUUUCCAGGAUGAGGUCCAUUCUCCUUCAGCUUAAGCAGACACCCCUAGUCAGAUAAAUGGAUCAGUCCAUGUUAUAAACUUUUGAACACAAUUUAGCGCAUAACAGCUAAACAAAUUUUUCAAAAUCUGAAGAGAGUGACGUUUCAGUAGUUUUACCCGGUACAAUACAGUAAAAGGAAUAAAUCACUCUCAGAAGUCUCAAUUACACAAGAGGAAUUUAUCUAGAUAAAUAAUUGCCAAUGAAAUGAUUGAUUUUGUUAAUAUUAAAGACAAGUUGUCCAAAAAGAUCAAGAAUAUCUAUGUUGUUAUGAAUGUUUAGCAUAUCAUUAAACAAAACAAAACAUAAAAGUUUGAACCAUAUGUUUGGUACAAAUAAAUUGAUGAAACAGUUUCAUUUGUAGAAAGAAUAAUGUGUGUUGUGAUUUGUGCAAUAUUAUGCAAAAAUGUCAGAUUUUGUUUUUCGAAGUUUUGUAAUUAAUUAGUGUACGGAUUUUUUGCGUGAAAAACAGUGAAAAUUAUCACAUUCCAGUUCUAUAAUAAUAAAAAUAUUUUAAAUUUAGCAUAGGUUUGUCUUCAUUGUGUUUAUCAAAAAAAUAUUACAAAACUGUCCUGAAAAACAGAAGUAUUCACACAUUAAUUUUGUUUUUAAAAGUAUAUGUUGUAUUUAUAUGAUUACCAUAGAAUAAAUAUCCAUUAUGUA